CAACUCAACUCAGCUGUCUGAUCGUGGUCAUUUGCAUUUAUUGAUACGCUGUUUGCCUGCUCUAUGCGAUUAAAAUAAUCAUUACCACGUCCACUGUGUCAACGAAUAGUUGUGAUUACAUUGUCUUAGUGAAUUUCAAUAAUGGGGGUUCUGGCCAGCAGGCAGAACGCUGGUGUUGAGGAGGCCGAUGUCGUGUCGAAUCAUGCAUACAAAUAUCCACCUCGCUCAGGUAACUACUUUGGCAGCCACUUCAUCAUGGGUGGCGAGAGAUUUGACACUCCGCAGCCUGAAGCAUACUUGUUUGGAGAAAAUGCUGACUUGAACUUCCUGGGCAGCCGCCCAACUCCUUUCCCAUACCCACCACCACAAUCAAAUGAACCGACCAAAACUCUCAAAAGCCUUGUAAACAUCCGCAAAGAGUCACUCAGAUUUGUCCGCUGCCCGGAGCCAGUGGGCAAGCUGGUGGAAAACAACAAGAUCGGAGACGGCAUGAUGAAACCCGUGGAGAAUGGGAAGGGGACGUAUUAUAAUAUAGAGUUUACUUUUGACUGUGAUGCCAGGAUUGCCAUCACUAUAUUCUACUUCUGCACCGAGGAAGUUACUCCAACUGGUGUUGUGUACUACCCCCGUGACCCAGCCAUGACCUCCCAAACAUACCACUACAAGAAGGGCGCUAACCAGCAGUUCUGUCAGCUGGCACACGUGUUUGACCCCUCCCGACAUGCUGACGAGGAAUUAAUAUAUAACGCAGACAAUGAGAUCAUCCCCGUCGCUAUAUACUGCGUUGUUGACGAGGGACAAGAGGAAAUCCGCCAAUCGCACACUACGAUAGGAAUAGUGGAGAAACAUUCAGACGGCACUUACGUACUGAAGGCGCUCAAACAGAAGCUGUUUGUGGACGGGCUGUGCUACCUGCUCCAGGAGAUCUACGGCAUCGAGAACAAGAAUCUCGACACUAAGCCAAGCUCCGACGAAGAAACCGAAGAGGGCGGUUCAGAAUGCGUCAUCUGCAUGUGCGACGUCCGCGACACCCUCAUACUGCCCUGCCGCCAUCUCUGUCUGUGCAACUCGUGUGCAGACUCUCUGCGGUACCAGGCGAAUAAUUGCCCGAUCUGUAGAGCGCCGUUCAGGGCGUUACUGCAGAUCAGGGCUUUACAGCGGGCCACCGCGCCCGCGCCUCCCGCGAGCCCACCACUGGUGAGUGAGAGAGACACGCCUUCAUACUGCCCUGCCGCCAUCUCUAUUCUGUGGUACCAGGCGAAUGAUUGCCCGAUCUGUAGAGCGCCGUUCAGGGCGUUACUGCAGGUCAGGGCUUUACAGCGGGCCACCGCGCCCGCGCCCCCCGCGAGCCCCCCACUGGGGAGCAUGGAAAACAUCCCGGCAGGCUACGAGCCCGUGUCCCUCAUAGAGGCGCUGAACGGGCCGCACCCCGCGCGCGCGCCCCCCGCACCCGCGCUCGCCCCCGCCAUCGCCAGCCCCGACACCGACACCGCCUCGCAGGCGGCAGAGAUCCUGAACCGCUGUAACCUCGAACGCAGCUCGUCCACCAGUCUCGGCAGCGCACUCAACAACACACAUGCUCUCACACCAGAGUUCCGCAUGUCGGUGCUGCUAGCGCGCGAGCAGGACGGGAGACGCGAGCGCGCCGCCAGCCCGCUGCUGCGCGAGCCCGCGAGGGUCAGCCCGGAGGCUGUCAAUAAGUCAUCCCUAAGCCUCGAAUACCCCGCGGAAGCGUCCGUCCACGAACCGAGCUCCGAAGACGAGGGCUCCGCCGAACUAGCUCUCGCUGAACCCGAGCCGGCUGAAGAACACGCGCCUGAUAGUGAUGCCGAGCGACUGUCGCCUCUGUUGACACAGCCGCAAGCACCAUUACAGCCUAACGGGGUAAGUGUUGUAAUAUGUUCAGAACUAGCUCUCGCUGAACCCGAGCCGCCUGAAGAACACGCGCCUGAUAGUGAUGCCGAGCGACUGUCGCCUCUGUUGACACAGCCGCAAGCACCAUUACAGCCUAACGGGGUGGGACACCUAGGCGCCCGUUCGCGCACGCGCUCUCCGCUGCCGACGCUCGCGCACAUCGACGACCCCGACCCUGAUGUGCCCGCCUCUCCCCGCGCAUCGAGCUCUGCGGGCUCGGCGGGGUCGCCGCCGGCCGAGGACUCGGACUAUUUCACGCCGGAGGACACCGCCACCACCAUUCUGACCGUGCCCAAGUACAAACACGCUGAGCUGAAGAGCAACGGGCCGGCGGCCGGCGACGGUACUCCGCAGCGCUGGGCGCUGCCGCAUCGCGUCACUUCCUUGCCAGGCACGCCGCUCUCGCAAUCGUCAGUGCGCUCAUCAGGCGACUCUUACAGCUCCACGUCGUCCACUCGCCAGCUGCUCGCGGCCGCGCCGCUGCCCGCCGACACCGCGUGCUAGCGCGAACCAUGUGUUCUAACCGCGCAUGUAGCUAUGCAGCCGGGUAACACCUAACUGGUAUAGUCGUUCGUUUUGUAGCUGGCCCCGAACGGCUAAUCCUUUGUCUAUUGUAAGUAAAAACGCACGUGCUACUUACCUGCAUAAAACAGUUUCGGUCCUGUGGUUCGGUCGCUUUAACCGGUUAUUGAAUUACGACUAUGGUAAUCGGAAUAAGAUUCAAAAUGAACUAAUGGAAAAAUAUUUUGCGUGGCUGUGUGUGGUCCCUCUACGGUUACUGAGUGCCGGCGAGUCGAACGCUACACAACCAGUGUAAAAUGUCAUCGAGAUGCGUAACAAAGGCGCGUUAACGGAGAGCGCACUUACACUGGUUUUUUGAGUUGGAAUAGCCCGCGCUCAGGUGCCAAUUAGGAUACGCCAAAGACCGACCCUUUUUUUUACAGGUAGUAGCUCGUGCGGUUUUUACUUACAAUAGACAAAGAGUUAUCCGUAAAGGGCCAGCUUGAAAGCUAACGACUAUAACUUGAUGCCGUCGGGCAACUCUUGGCAGUUCCACGUCCGACACCGCUUGCUAGCGCCGACCUUGUAUUAAAUACCGCCUGACUAAUAAUCUUUGGGAUAUAGUGCUUCAUUGAUUGGUCUAUAUGCUAAGUCAAAGAUGACGUGACGUUCGCCUGUAAUUUUAAGUUUCAUAGUCCGCGGGAUGUUUAACAGAAAACGAAAUAGAAUUAUUGGUGUGGUUAUGUAUUGAUUAAGCGCUUUCAAAAUUAUCGAUGAUUACAUAUUAGACGCUUUUGGAAAUGUGGAACUUAUACAGUUCAUCAUAAGUACUUUCAAUAUGCUUUGAGUGUAUUUCAUUUAUUGAUUUACAGAUGAUUAAAAUUGUGUACUGUUAUUAACCUUUAACCUACCUGUUAUUUAGCUUUAUUUGUAUGUAAACAUCAAUUACUGAUAUCAAUGAGGGUAUAAUAAGAUAGAGCGGUACUGUCAUAGUAAAUUUUGUAACCCCUGUAAAUUCACUGCCAUCUAUCGACAUACUUUAAAACUAAGAAUGAAGAUUUAUAAAAAUACGUUAAAAUGUAUUUAAAUAUGGAUAAAUAAUUUUUUAUUUGCAUUAAUUAUUUUUAUAUGAUUUUGACCCAUGUUCUUUCACUGGUAUGCGUUAAAAUUAUAAAUAACAAACGAAACAGUCAACGCCCUCUAUACGAGAGUAGGCCAAAACUAGUGGCGCCAUCUGAUCGAGAAUCAAAUUUUCGUGAUUUUCGAGGCACGUUUUUUCCUUAGCCUUAGACUGUAUCCAUCUAUUACGGAGUUAUAUCUAUCUUUGUCGAUAUCGAUCUUCGCUCAAGUUUUUAAAAUCGAUAUGUCUAUCUGAUUACCUAUUUAAGAUUAAUCAAGUUUGGACUUGGAGUAUUAUGUAAUUACUACAGGUCUAGUCACAAGAGCUGGCGCGAGAUUGCUACCAUCGUCGACACUGAGGGUCUACCGCGAAAUUUCGUUAUCUGUCGCUCUAAUAUGCAAGAGUAUAAUAGAGAGGCAGAUAAUGAAAUCUCGAUUUUCGCGGUAGGUCCUCUGUUAACUGACAAUCGACCUUAUUGCUAAGAUAUAAGAUCCAUCCCUGGUCAAGAGUUUUGCUAUUAUGUUAGUGUGUUUUCAUAGGUAUUUGGCGCCAACUUCUAUGAAUUGAUUUGUACAUAAGUAUUAUUAAAGUGUAGGCUAUCAUUUUCAAUAUAUUACAUUAGUUUUAAGUUUAAGGUUUCAGAAUUUUAUAUUAUUCAAUGUAAAAUUAAGAAACAAUAUGUAAAUUUCUUCUUGAUGACACUAAAAAAUGUAGAUAAGUUAACAUAAUCCGUUAAAAUCAAAACACAUGUGUAUUACAAUGGGGUUGGCAACUGUCAAAGGUUUGCAGAGAUGGCGCCAUCAUAGCUUGCCUAGGGCAUCAAGGGCAUUAAAAAAACAAAAAUUUUAAAAUUCUAGGGAUUGACAGGGCAAGCUAUGCUGGCGCCAGUGCCAUCUGCUAAUUAUUUCGACCGGCCAACCCCAUUAUAUAACUGUGUUUGACAAGUCUAUGUAUACAGUAGAUGUUAAAGGUAAACAUAAUAGACUGACAAAAACAUUCCUUGUCUUUAGCACUGAAUCUCAGAAUAGAAUGGUAGCUAACUUUAGCUAAGUAACUUUAUUGUGGUUCCGUAUCUAUAAGUUUACUCAUUUUAUUCUCUUUGAAAUUUAUUGAUGAUUUUACGAAAAUGAUUUUAAUAAACUAUGAGAAUGGUAA